AUGUCAGAUAUAAAACUAAAACGGAAGGCAAUUUCUUUGGAAACCAAGAUUAAAAUUUUAGAUCGCCUUCGAAAUGGAGACGGCUCAACUGCUCUUGGUAAAACGUUUGGUUUAACUGAAGCCACAAUAAGAACUAUAAAGAAAAAUGAAAUUGCAAUUAGGCAAUCGGUGAUUUCUGAAACGUACCUAUCUGUUAAGUCUUCAUCAUACACUAGAGAUGCUGUUAAAGAAAAAAUGGAAAAAACACUCAUAAUAUGGCUGGAGGAAAAUGCUCAAAAAAGAAUUCCCGUAGACGGAAACAAUAUCAAACAGCAAGCAUUAAGGUUCUCUAAAUCGCAGAAAAGUGCUGGGGGUUUUAAAGUUGAAAAAGAUCGAGUCACAUUUUUAUUGUGCAGUAACGCUUCUGGAGAUCGGAUUUUAAAGCCCCUGCUUAUCAAUCGUGCAUUAAAGCCUCGAGCAAUGAAAGGUGUCGAUUUUGAUAAAUUGCCGGUUAUUUGGAUGGCCAAUAAAAAAGCAUGGGUGACGACUACAGUUUUCACAGACUGGUUCAUUAAAUAUUUUGUGCCAGAAACUAGAAAAUAUUUGAAUGAAAAGGGCUUACAAUUUAAAGUUCUUCUUCUGUUGGUAGACAAUGCACCCGGGCAUCCUCCGUUGGAACACGAAAAUGUACAAGUUUUGUUCCUGCCACCAAAUACCACAUCCCUAAUCCAACCACUGGACCAAGGAAUCAUCGCAACAUUCAAAACUUAUUAUAUCAAACGAACAUUCCAGUACAUUUUGGACACUUUGGAUAGGGAUAAAACUCUAACAGUAAUUGAUGCCUGGAAAAAGUUUUCUAUCAAAGAUUGCGUUACACAUGCUGCUUUAGCAUUGUCAGAUUUACGACCAUCAACCUUAAACGGAUGUUGGAGAGCAAUUUGGCCAGAAUGUGUAAAAAGUAAAAAUCCUGUGGAGAAAAAUACAAACGAAUAUCCCAAUAUAAUUGCUUUAGCACACGCAGUUGGUGGGGAGGGUUUUGAUGACUUGGUAUUUGAUGACAUUGAGGAACUGAUGAUUGAUAAAGUUCUUAGCGAAGACGAAAUAUUACAUUUUGCCUCACAGAAUGCUGAUGUUAUAGAAAGCAGUGAUAGUGAAGAACCUGAAAAAUUAACUGAAAAUUUAAUUCAAGAAGGGCUUCAACUUGCAAAAAAAUUAGGACACCAUUUCGUCAAAAAUGAUCCCAAUGUCGAAAGAGCUGCACAAUUCCAACGUGAGCUGAAUUCUUGUAUGGCUCGUUACAAGGAAUUAUACAAAGAGGUAGCAAGAAUUGGCGAACAACGGCUCAUAACAGAGUUCAUUUUUCAAAAUGUAGAUGCCGAACGAGCAAGAGAAAGUCCGGUUCAAAAUUAG